GGGUUAACAGGCGCAGUGUAGAACAGUACAGGUGUUUCGGAGAUGUUGUGACAUUCGAUACAACAUACAGGACAAAUCUUUAUGAUAUGCCAUUUGGAUUGUUUGUGGGAGUCAACAAUCACUUCCAGAGCAUUAUUUUUUGAGGUGUCAUGUUGAGGGAUGAAAAGGAGGACACAUUCAAGUGGGUUUUCCGUGAAUUCAUUAGGAUGGUUGGCGGCAAACACCCACAAACAAUUUUAACAGACCAGGCGCGAUCGAUGGAGUUGGCAAUAGAAGCCGAAAUGCCCAACACAACCCACAGGUGGUGUAAAUGGCAUGUGCUGAAGAAAGCGAAGGAAUCUAUGGCGCCUUUGUGGAGCAAGAAGUCUGAUUUCAAGAGUGAAUUCCACAAGCUGGUGCAUCACAUGGUCACAGAACAAGAGUUUGAAGAUGGAUGGUCUGCAAUGCUUGAUAAAUAUUCACUUAGGAAGCAUCCGUAUCUGACUCAAAUAUAUGAGGUGCGGCAUAAAUGGGCAAAGCCGUAUUUCAGAGGUGUUUUUUGCGCGAAAAUGACCAGUACUCAACGUAGUGAAAGUGCCAAUCACAUGCUUAAGAGUUAUGUCCCGCCAGGGUGCCCAAUCCAUUUGUUCAUUAAACAAUACGAGAAGCUUCAGUUCGAUAGGGACUCGGAGGAGAGUUUCCAGGAGAAACGGACUGCUCUGAGUGGUGUUCUGUUGAAAGUAAAUCUCCCAAUUGAGAGGCAUGCUAGCAGGAUUUACACCAGGGCAAUGUUUGAGCAAUUUGGCGAUGCUCUGUACAAGGCAGGGGCUUAUGAACUGGAUGUUGCUGUACCAAAAAAGUUAUACAUUCUUACUCAUGUGGAUGCUCUCUCUCGUGAGAAAUGGAGCAAGGUCCAGUUUAAGGUUGAGGUUGAUGAUGAUCAGGCAUUUUUCAACUGUGAGUGUUGUAUUUUCGAGCACUCCGGAAUGGUGUGCUGCCAUGCACUCAAGGUUAUGAUCGAGCUCAAGUUGAGCAAGAUACCAGAAAAGCACAUAUUGAAGCGAUGGACUAGGGAUGCCCGUGAUAUCCUGCCUGAUCAUCUCGUUCGGCACCAGAAGGACAAAGGGCCACAUGGCUUUGACACUUACCAUUUGCGGCGAAAAGGGUAUCAAUCCCGACAAAAGCCAUUACCUAUUUGCGUGAACACUAUUCAGAUUGAUGGAGAAGAACUUUCACUACUAAUGGCGUGAGACUGAUGUUGUUCAUACCUUCGGUUCGGCCAUGGAUGUCAGCUCCUGUGCUCGGCCAUGGAGUUCUACCUCCUAGCUCGCUGGCUCGUUCUUCCUGCC